AUUAAUGUCUUUGCCAAAGAUAACGAAACAAAAGAAAACAAAAGAAAAAGGGAUUCGAUUCUAAGCUUUGAUUCGAGACUUCAUCUUAUUCACGACAAAUUUAUCGUCUAAUUAUAAGCUUCUUCUUCAUUACAGUAUUUCUCUGCCCUUUUCUAUUUUUCUAAUACACAAACAUUUGUGAAUAUUUCUGAAAUUGGUGUCUGUCGAUGAUGAAUAUUUGUGUUUUCUUUUUCUUGUUUUAGAAUGGAUGAGCUUUUUCUGAAAUCUUUUAACGGCGGUGGCGAUAAUGAGCAUUAUUUAUCUAUUAUUUCUCCCCAAGACAUACCUCCCAAGGAAGGUUUUGAAAAUAUCCAUCUUUAUUUUUAUGAUAAAGAUAAAGAAAAUGUUUCUGGUAAUAUUUGUGGUGGACUGUUGUAUUUGGAUGAUUUUAAUGGCAAAAGUGUUGUGUGCAACUUAGCAACUCAAGAGUUCAAAUUUCUUCCUGCGCCCAAGAAACCCUCUCCAUGUUUGGACGAUUUCCAUGGGAGUGGUCUCGGGUUUGAUUCUAAAUCUGGCGACUACAAGGUCAUACGAAGCUAUACUCGAUGCAAGUGCGAUCCAGAAGAUAGAGAAGGGUGUCGUGGUGGUAGCCAUACAAAAACGGAGUUGUAUUCGCUUCAAAGCGAUUCUUGGAAGGAGAUUCCGAAUCCUGAUGCUCAUACUUUCCCCGACUGUGGUGUGUAUAUUAUGGGGAAGUGUUAUUGGGCAGUAGCAUCAGAGGAUGGUUCAUCUUUUUCUAUUUUGUCAUUCGACUUCAGUGAUGAAAGUUUCUCUUGCAUUCCUUCACCACCAGUUAGUGAGAAGAAGUUUAUGUAUGACCUUGUUGAGUGUGAUGGUUUUUUGGGUGCUAUUGUCUAUGAGUAUAAGAAACCAAAACAUUCCAAGCGUGGAGCUAAGUCUUAUCAGCUUUGGGUAUGGAAAGAAAGUUGGUGGGCCAAAUCAUUUGGUGUUGCUCUUCGUGGUAUUGAAAGUCCGCUGGGAUUGAAAGAUGGUCGUCUUUUAUUUCUUGAAAGAAAAAGAAAAAGUAGAAAUAGAAAAAGUUAUGAUGAGCUCAGUCGUCCAUUAGUAGUUUAUGAUUGUAUUACGAAAGAGUGGAAGGAACCUGACAUCUAUGCUUGUGCGCAAGAUGUGAAGGUUCUUUCUUAUGUUGAGGAUAAAGUUCUGCUGCUUUAUAAUUGGAUCACGAAGAAACAAAGGAUGAAGGUUCUUUCUUAUGUUGAGGAUAAAAUUCUUCUACCGGAUACAAAGCUAAUAAAUCGGUUGCUCACAGUUUUAAAUUAUCCAAUAACUUGGCUAACUAAUGUUUUGUCUAAACAAUGAACCUCAGUCCACAAAAUGUUGAAGAUUCGUCCGAGAAAAGAUGCCGUCGAUCGACAUCCAGCUCAGAGGUGAAAAGAUGAGGCAUUGGACCGAUUAGCUUUGCUUAAUUUCUAUCAAUAUCUCGUGGAUUUGGACAACGUUUUGCUUUCUAUCAAUAUCUAUUUAUCUUUAUCAAAUGUGGCCGCUUCUCAGAGUUGAAGAAUAGGUUCGGAAGAAGAAGAGUAGGCAUUGGACCUAUCUGCUUUCUAUCAAUAUCUCGUGGUUUUGCACAACAUCUACCAAUAUCUCAUGUUUAUCUUUAUCAAAUGUGGGAUCUUUAUCAAAUUUCUAUCAAUUUCUCGUGUUUAUCUUUAU